AUUCGAAAAAUUGUUAUUGAUAAAGGUAAAGAUUCUUUAUUGGUAUCAUUAUGCUUUGCACUCAGUUUACUAGGAAGACGGUCACUGGGUUUAGCAUCGCAUACUACUAUGUCAAGUGUCGAGUUUUUCCUCUAUGGCCUCCAUGCCCUCUUUAAAGGAGAUUUCCGUAUAACAUCAACAAGAGAUGAGUGGAUAUUUGCAGAUAUGGACUUGAUGCGUAAAGUAUUAGCUCCAGCAAUUAGGAUGUCGUUAAAACUUCAUCAGAAUCAUUUUAUGGUUCCUGACGAAUAUGAAGAUCCAGCUGCUUUGUAUAGUGCUAUAAACUACCACCAACGGAACUUAGUGAUAUCACAUGAAGGAGAUCCUGUUUGGAGAAAUGCUGUUUUGUCUGGAAUGCCAUCAUUACUUGCUUUAAGACAUAUAAUGGAUGAAGGUUCAGAUGAAUAUAAAGUAAUUAUGUUGAACAAACGGUUCUUAAGUUUCCGUGUUAUAAAAAUAAACCGCGAAUGUGUUCGUGGUCUUUGGGCAGGACAACAACAAGAAUUAGUUUACCUAAGAAAUCGUAAUCCUGAACGUGGUAGUAUACAAAAUGCCAAACAAGCUUUAAGAAACAUAAUAAAUUCAUCGUGUGACCAACCUAUUGGCUAUCCAAUAUUUGUUUCACCAUUAACUACUUCUUAUGCUGAAACCAACRAACAAUUAUCAUCUCUUGUAGGUGGUUCAAUAAGCUUAGGAAAGAUAAAACAAUCUAUCAUUAGAGUAUGGUCAAGAUUAAAAAGUAGAUGUGUUGAGGGUUGUUCUAGUGGAAGUUCAUUACAGUCACACGAUGAAGGUGGAUUCGGACAUGAGGGUGUAUAUGCUAUGACACAGUUUAAUAGGCAUUCUGGAUAUGGCACCAGAACACCAGGAAGUCAGUCAAUUGAAAUGAGUGGAAGUGGUAGUGGAGUGGGUGGUAGUAUCAGCAGCAGAAGUGGUGGUACUAGAGGUAGUACAGCUAAUGUUGCUGGCAAACCAAGUUCAGCUGGUUUGGCCAACUUGGCAGGGCUGUUAUCAUCAUCACAGUCACCAAUCACCAGUUCACCACAAGCAUCUGUUGAUAGUAAUCCAAAUGAUAAUUCUCCGAUGCAUCAUAAAGUUUUGAUUCUGGAUCCAUUACAAGUGUAUGAUGCUAUUAACUUGGGCCGUAGAAUAGAUGUAGUUUGGCCAGAUGAAAAAAUGCGAAUAAGGGGUGGUCGGAGUCACUGGAAAGAUUGGUUACCAGAAAAAGGAAUGGAAGGAUUGGUAAUGAAUUUCAUUUAUGCAAUUUUUUUUCUUUNUUUUGUAUUGAGAGUACAAGUUACCAGAGAGAUUCGAAAAAUUGUUAUUGAUAAAGGUAAAGAUUCUUUAUUGGUAUCAUUAUGCUUUGCACUCAGUUUACUAGGAAGACGGUCACUGGGUUUAGCAUCGCAUACUACUAUGUCAAGUGUCGAGUUUUUCCUCUAUGGCCUCCAUGCCCUCUUUAAAGGAGAUUUCCGUAUAACAUCAACAAGAGAUGAGUGGAUAUUUGCAGAUAUGGACUUGAUGCGUAAAGUAUUAGCUCCAGCAAUUAGGAUGUCGUUAAAACUUCAUCAGAAUCAUUUUAUGGUUCCUGACGAAUAUGAAGAUCCAGCUGCUUUGUAUAGUGCUAUAAACUACCACCAACGGAACUUAGUGAUAUCACAUGAAGGAGAUCCUGUUUGGAGAAAUGCUGUUUUGUCUGGAAUGCCAUCAUUACUUGCUUUAAG